AUAAAAGCUUCUACAGAAUGGCAAGGUUCAAUUUCGAGAACACGAACCCGCGCCGCUCUAAUAUGAAUAAUAAAACAUGCGUCGAAGGCUCAACCCUCUUAAGAUCAAGUCACAGCUAUAAGAACAUACCCGCGAGUUGUCACCGCUCGAUCCGUCAUCAAAAUGGCGCAUACGCAGCAACAAAACGUCAAGCAAAAAUGAUCUCAAGCAUUUCGUUCCUGUGCACAAUCUCCAGUUUUUCAACAAGGAUCGCCUCGCAUUUCUUGUCUGCACAAGCAUCUUCUGAUGCUCUGAAAGCGUAUCCAGUUCAUGUCUUCCAGGAUAGUGGCCGGCGAGACUCCAUCACAUUCGAGUUCAAGGACGAGAUGCAUGAUGGUAUGAGGAGUUUCGGAAUAUAUGUCCAAAGCAUACUCGAACCAGACAGAGUUGAGAAGAACAACGAUUUCCAGUUGGACUGUGGAGCUAUUCACGAGUACUUCAAUAAUGACGGAAGUUGCAUAGAAAAGGUACGAGUGGCAUACUGAUCUGACAACUCAGAUUCGAGCCGACAUCCUUUAUCACGGCAGAAACAUAGUUCACUUCCGUCCAAUUGCUGCAUUCAACGUCCACCAACUGAACCGAUUGAAGCGUAGGUUUCAUGCGUCGUAGGAUUUGACAGAGGAAAGGUAGAUGGUCGUCAGAGCGAAGUGUAAGGGUCCUCACUUUCAUGGGUUUUGGAUUUGGGAGCCGGGGCAAUUCAACCUUGGUGAAUGCGGUGACUGUCUUCUGAGUGUUCUUCCAGUAAAGAUCCGAUGCGAAUAGUUCUUUGAGUUCCUCAAAGAGAUUUAAGACCAUGAGAACGGGCGAAGGCGACCCGUUAGGGUCCCCGACUGCAAGCAGCACGAGUGAAUCCAGUUUGAAUCGCGAAGGGAUGUCGGCACGAGUAAAACCAUGCCAGUGCC